AUGUCGCUGAAGCUGCAGAAGCGGCUUGCCGCGUCCAUCCUAGGAUGCGGCAAGAACCGCGUGUGGCUGGAUCCCAACGAGACCAAUGAGCUUUCCAUGGCCAACUCGCGCUUCAACAUCAGGAAGAUGAUCAAGGAUGGCCUGAUCAUCCGCAAGGCAGUGAAGAUGCAUUCGCGCUCCCGGGUGCGAAAGAAUUUGGAGGCGAAGCGCAAGGGGCGACACACCGGCAUCGGAAAGCGCAAGGGUACCCGUGAGGCACGAAUGCCCACGAAGGUCUUGUGGAUGCGCCGACAGCGUGUCCUUCGCCGUCUCCUCCGCAAGUACCGACAGCAGAAGAAGAUCGACAAGCGAAUCUACCACUACUUCUACCGCCACGCCAAGGGUAACUGCUACAAGAACAAGCGAGUGCUGAUGGAGGCCAUCCAUGCCAAGAAGACAGAGAAGAUGAAGGAGAAGGCCUUGCAGGAGCAGUCCGAGGCACGCAAGGAGAAGGCGCGCCUGGCCAAGGAGAAGAAGCUGUUGAAGAAGACGGAUGCAGCCCGAACAGAGGAGGAUGCUGGCGAAGCAGGCCAAGAAGCGCUAGACAACUUGGUCUGGAGCCCGGAAAAGAUUCAGGAAGAAAUGAAGCUGCAGAAGCGGCUUGCCGCGUCCAUCCUAGGAUGCGGCAAGAACCGCGUGUGGCUGGAUCCCAACGAGACCAAUGAGCUUUCCAUGGCCAACUCGCGCUUCAACAUCAGGAAGAUGAUCAAGGAUGGCCUGAUCAUCCGCAAGGCAGUGAAGAUGCAUUCGCGCUCCCGGGUGCGAAAGAAUUUGGAGGCGAAGCGCAAGGGGCGACACACCGGCAUCGGAAAGCGCAAGGGUACCCGUGAGGCACGAAUGCCCACGAAGGUCUUGUGGAUGCGCCGACAGCGUGUCCUUCGCCGUCUCCUCCGCAAGUACCGACAGCAGAAGAAGAUCGACAAGCGAAUCUACCACUACUUCUACCGCCACGCCAAGGGUAACUGCUACAAGAACAAGCGAGUGCUGAUGGAGGCCAUCCAUGCCAAGAAGACAGAGAAGAUGAAGGAGAAGGCCUUGCAGGAGCAGUCCGAGGCACGCAAGGAGAAGGCGCGCCUGGCCAAGGAGAAGAAGCUGUUGAAGAAGACGGAUGCAGCCCGAACAGAGGAGGAUGCUGGCUGGCAGCAGGCGAAGCAGGCCAAGAAGCGCUAG